AUGUACAAAAACACCGGAAAAUACGUCGGAAGCCACCGCCCAACCAGCUCCUCCUCCUCCUCCGCCGCCACCGCCGCAGGUAGCGCAUCUAUUCCUUACCACCCGCUCCACCACCAAAUCACGAUCCCUUUCUCUUCUGGCGGCGGCAUAGCUGGCGACGAUGAUUUCUCGAGGAGGGACAAGAGGUUCCCCCAAUGGGGCAACCAGGAAACGAGGGAUUUGAUUGAAAUUAGGGCUCAAUUUGAGGUGGAGUUGGCGGCAGAGGAAAGGGACAUGAAUUUGUGGGAAGCUGUGGCUAAUGGGAUGAGGGUAAAGGGGUACAGGAGGACACCUGAGCAGUGCAAGGGAAAAUGGAAAGAUCUUGUUAGCAGAUAUAAGGAGCACGAAACAUUGGCUGCAGAUAAUAAUAUUCGGCACUGCCUGUUCUUCGACGAGCUCCAUGCAAUCUUCACAGCAAGGUCCAAUCAUACGCAGCCACCUCACCCCACUGCGACCGCUCGCGAAAACCAAUCCCGUGAAGAAUUCUCGCAAGAACCGGACAACGAACAAGAAACUGACCCCGAACAUUCCCCCAAAACAAGAAUACCUCCAAAACGAAGACAAAAAACAGCAGAAAUCGAAAAUCACCCGACACCAUCUCAUAAAACCGAUCUCGACAGCCUUCACGAGAUUAUGAAGACUUUCAUUGUGAGUCAACAGAGGAUGGAUAUGCAGUGGAUGGAGUCCAUGGAAAAAUACGCUAAGGAAAGGGAGCUUUUGGAGGACGGGUGGCGAAAAAAGAUGGAAGGUCUAGAGAGAGAGAGGCUGAUGUUGGAGAGGGCCUUUAGAGAGAGAGAGGAACAGCGGCGGUUGAAGGAGGAGAGUCGGGCAGAGAAAAGGGACGAGCUUUUCACGAUGCUUCUGAACAAGCUCAUUCCCCAGAUAUGCCUCUCCCUCGUCCCGCCGUCGGUCCUCUACUCCGUCUGCCGUUCGUGGCGCCGCCUCAUCUACUCCCAAUUCUUCCCUCCAUUUCUCUCCCUCUACGCCGUCGCCUUUCCCUCCGCCGCCGCCGUCCCGCCGGACACCUUCCCAGACCCCAUUGAAUUCCUAUCCUUCGACCCCAUCUCCCGCCGCUGGUGCCUCCUCCCCCCGCCACCCUCCGACCCCGACCCGCCGCGCUUCCUCUUCCGCCACCCCACCUUCAUCUGCCGCGACAUGCCCGUCCAGUCCGUCUCCGCCGCCGGGACCCUCGUCGUCCUCGCCGCCACCGACGAUCUCUUCCUCCCCGCCCUCCCCCGCCCACUCGUCUUCGAUCCCCUCGCCAGCUCCUGGAGCUGCGGCCCGCGGAUCCCCGCGCCCCGCCGCUGGUGCGCCACCGGCUCCGUCGGCGGCGCCGUCUACGUCGCCGGAGGGAUGGGCGCGAGCUACACAUGCGGCGUCGCCCGGUCUGCAGAGCGGUGGGACCUCGGCCGCCGGCCGCCGAUGGUGGCGGCGGCGUGGCGGAGGGUGGCGGACCUGAGGGACGUGAAGUUGAGCCGAGACGCGGUGGAGGUGGUCGGGUGGAGGGGGCGGCUGUACAUGGUGAGCGCGAAGGAGGGGUUGGUGUACGACGCGGCGGCGGAUCGGUGGGGUGAGAUGCCGGCGGGGAUGCUGGGA